AGUACAUGGCUUCCCUGUCCUCUCCUCUCUCCCGUCCGUCCUGCAUUGCAGAAGCCGGAGAAACUUCCAAGCCCAAGAAAAAAGCUGCUACCUUUAACACGAUCCCCUCCCUCUCCGUCUGUGUCCGUGCGGCGGCGCCGGAGCCGAAAGCCUCCGGCGAGCCCGGGGCUACUUGCUGCGGCGCGCUAUUUCGGCGGUUUUGCGCCACGGCGGGACUGGAACCGCCCGGGCUGCGCUGUCAGGAUCACCAAGCCGGAACGAAGUUCAGUUGCGCUUUGGCGGUUGGAUUCGCCUGUUGCCGCGCUUCAGGAUACUAAACUGCCAUCUCAGUUAAAUGAUACACUGCACAUCGGUGGGCACCGAUAGUUUGAAACACAUCCGCAAUGAGUUGUUUUGCUCACUUCUUCAAGAGGAAAAGAGGGCCGCAACAACAAGACAAUCCAUCUAACGAUUAUUUCAAAGGUUCUGAGAAUAUAACAAAAUACAGCUACAGGGAACUGGUUAGAGCUACAUCAAAUUUUGACCAGAGCAAUAAGAUUGGUGAGGGGGGUUAUGGACCUGUCUACAAGGGAACGCUCAAGGAUGGAACAGCUAUUGCCGUAAAGAUUCUCUCUUUACAUUCUAGACAAGGUGCAAAGGAGUUUCUUAAUGAGCUUCUUGCAAUCUCUGAUGUAGCACAUGAGAAUCUUGUCAAACUCUAUGGGUGCUGUAUAGAAGGAAACCACAGGAUCCUUGUCUACAACUAUCUUGAAUAUAAUAGUCUUGCACAUACCCUUCUAGGUUUGGGACAUAGCAACAUCCAGUUCAACUGGAGAACUCGGGUAAAUAUCUGCAUUGGUGUUGCCCAAGGAUUAGCUUUCCUCCAUGACAGUGUCCGUCCUCACAUUGUUCACCGCGACAUCAAGGCGAGCAAUAUACUUCUUGAUAAGGAUCUCACGCCAAAAAUAUCUGAUUUUGGUCUGGCAAAGCUUCUACCUCCAGAUGUAUCACAUGUUAGCACAAGAGUCGCAGGGACCCUAGGUUACUUGGCUCCUGAAUAUGCGAUUCGAGGACAAGUUACACGGAAGGCAGACGUCUACAGCUAUGGCGUUCUGCUUAUCGAAAUUGUGAGUGGAAGAUGCAACACUGAUACGAAAUUGUCCUACGAUGACCAGAUUCUCCUUGAGAAGACAUGGAGAUAUUACGACCGGGGGGAUCUGGAGAAGAUCAUAGACAGUUCCCUGGGCGAUGACCUGGACGUCGAUGAAGCCUGCAGGUUUCUGAAGGUUGGGCUCCUCUGCACCCAAGACGUCACGAAACGCCGGCCAGGGAUGUCUACGGUGGUCGCCAUGCUGAAAGGCGAGGCAGACGUGGACACGGAGAUGAUCAGCAAGCCCGACGUGAUCAGGGACUUUGGAGACCUCAAGCAGAGGAGCAGGGCCACGUCGUCGACGCUGCUGACCUCCAUCAUGGCGCGGUCGUCCCCGCUGUCGUCUGAGGAGACGACGCGCACCUCCAUCACCUUCACCGAGAUAUCAGAGCGCGACUGAUGAUCGUGAUUCGCCAACAAGCAGAGAUUGCGACCGUGUAGCUAGAGGACCGGAAAUUGUAUGUAGCAUAGGCUGAGGAGAAUUCUUUUGGGCAUUGUUUGGAUGUAGUCGGAUUCGCAUCAAUCCACAUGUGUUGGGGUGGAUUGGAGUGGAACUUGAACUAAAUUCCACACCAAUCCACUCCAACGCAUGUGGAUUGAGGUGAAUCCGACAACAUCCAAACAAGGCCUUGGUGAUCUUAUAUGAUCUGUGUGCGUAUAUAGAUGCCCAUUGCCUGGAUGGGUUAGAGUUAUAGAGCAUGAACCAACUGGUGAGUCAGUCUGGGAUUCAGAACUGGAAAGCAACCUGUGAAGUUACUUAAAAAAAAGAAAAGGAAAAUCUUCUUGUUUUAGUUGUUGAUAA